AUGUCUGAAGCAGCCAAGCCCGACCCAGCCGCCGACCAGGCCGCCAACCCUGGCCCAACUCUUGUCAAGGACGAGACUGCAAAGGUGACGACUGACAAGCUUGCCGACAAGGCCGAGGCGACGACGGAGAGCACAGACAACAAGCCCCUCACGGAGAAGGCGACAGAGGCGGCGGCCGCAGUAAAGGACAACGUUUUCUCCAUGUUUGGUGGCGGACCCGCGAAGGCGAAGAAGGACGAGGCCGAUGACGUUGACGAGCCGUCAGGCUCUUCCAAGAACAAGGCCGAUGACGAGAACCCAGAGAACGAGGAGCCCGAUGUUGAGUUCCAGCCCGUCGUCCACCUUACCGAGAAGGUUGACACCAAGACCAACGAGGAGCUUGAGGAGCAAGUGUUCAAGAUGCGCGCCAAGCUGUUCAAGUUUGACAGGGAGUCACGGGAGUGGAAGGAACGAGGCACUGGCGAUGUUCGGUUACUGAAGCACAAGGAGAACGGCAAGACGCGCCUUGUCAUGCGACGAGACAAGACUCUCAAGGUUUGCGCCAACCAUUACGUUGUCCCCGACAUGAAGCUGUCACCCAACGUAGGCAGCGACCGCAGCUGGGUCUGGAACGCCGCAGCCGAUGUCAGUGAGGGCGAGCCCGAGGCGCAGACGCUUGCGAUCCGCUUUGCCAACAGUGAGAACGCCAACCAGUUCAAGGAGGCCUUUAUCAAGGCCCAGCAAGAGAACGAGGCGCUCUUUGGCAAGUCGGAGUAA